AUGUUGGAUGACAGCAGUGAUGAUUAUUCCUCUGAUGAGCUAAGCAUGGCUUCACUCAGCCUUAGUUCAUUCUCGCCAGUCGCUAGUCCGAUGCCACGUGCUGUUGAUGCUGCAGCUCCGUCUAGUAUUGCAACCAUGACCACCAUGGUCGCUGAAGCUGCCAGGCAAGCUGCUAUUGCUGCGGUUCAAACCGUUCAGCCGACCACGAUGGCUCAGUCACCCAUGCAGCCAGGGUCAACUACGUAUACCCAGGUGAACCUCCCGAAAUUGUCUUUGCCUAGCUUCAGUGGCGACAUUCUGGACUGGCCCGUCUUUUGGGAUAUGUAUGUCGCAUCUGUUGACUCGCAGCAGCUCCCGAACGUCACCAAAUUCACAUAUCUCAAGUCAUCAUUAAAAGGGUCUGCUUGCCGUCUAAUUGCUGGAAUAGCUGUUACUGACCAGAACUAUCCCGUGGCCCUGAAAACGCUUCAGGAUGAGUUCGGCAGAGCUGACGUCAUCAUCACCAAGUUGUACCACAAGUUGCAACAUAUGCCGGCGUCCACAUCCAGUCAUAGCGACAUCAAGGCGAAGUGUGAGAUGAUUGAGAAUGUGUGCCUCCAGCUGGAAGCUCAAGGAGAGGUUCUGGCCACUCAGCGGCUGGUCGCUCAACAAAUACUGUCGAAGUUUCCUAUUAGUGUCACAACCAAGUUGGAAGAAUGGCGACCCCUAUCGGAGGCGGCUCAAGCAUGGAGUGUAUCAGAGCUCCGCCGGGCUUUGAAGAGGUAUGUCAGCUUACAUGACAGGGCCUACCAGCGGUCUGCCACAUCUUCUACCUCUCGCAGUGACAGCAGCGUCCCGGCCGCGCCAGCGCCUGGUCCUGUAUCUGGGAGCGCUCUUCCUGUGGCGACAGCACAACAGCAUCGAGUACCCACAGCUUCUGGACAACAGUCUCGCAGGCCAUGUGUCUUCUGUGGUGCUACACACAGACACGACUCGUGUCAGAAGUUCGCUACUCCAGAGGCCCGUAAGAAUCGCUUGUUGGAGUUACGUCUCUGUUUUCGUUGCUUGGGCUCAGGUCAUACCAGUUCGGUCUGCACCCGGCAACGACAAUGUCGGCAUUGCCUCCGGUCGAAUCACCAUAACACAGCAAUCUGCUCUGCUGGACGUCAGACGGCACGGUAUGGUGAUUCCCAGCAGAGCCGUACUGGGAAUCCUCAACAACAGCAAUCUGCUACUACUUCUAGUGGCUCCUCAUCAUCUCUGCGGGUGUCCUCUAAUGUAGCUGCUACUCAGCAGCUCCCUGGUCCAACAGUCCCAGGAAGCCAGACUCGCUUGAUGACUGCCAGGACAUCUAUCCACUCUGGUUCAGGUGAAUCUCAACAAGUUACUGUCCUUCUGGACAGCGGUUCUCAGUCUACAUUCCUCAGUGUAGACGCAGCCACACGACUAGGCUUGCCCGCAGGUCGGCAAGAGUGCCUAGUUGUCUCCACAUUCGCCUCAUCGCGGCCUGUACAGCUCAACACAACAACGGUCGAGUUCGAUCUUGAACUCCAUGAUGGCUCUCGUCUGACCAUGGAAGCUAACACCAUGCAGAAGAUUACCGAUCCAAUUCGACACUGUCGGCUCUCAGAUGAAGAUUACGCCACUAUAUUGGCGGUUGCCGGUGAUGCUCUCGCGGAGCCCAUCUCUUCUGAAUCGUCAACGUGUAAGAUUGACCUGCUGAUUGGAGCUGCCCAUUUCUGGGAACUAAUCAACGGGCCUUCCGUUUCUCUACCAUCUGGCCUUCAUGUCAUACCGUCCCGUCUUGGAUACCUCGUUGCUGGGAAGUCGACCGUGGAGACGGACCACUCCGAGUCUGCCAGUAGUGUACUUCUGUGCUCCACACUUACCUCUGCUCGCCAGCAUCCGUCGUCUUUGGGUAACUAUGUUGCUCCAUCGUCCAUGAUGCCGUAUCCUGAUCUUUCUCGGAUGUGGUCUCUUGACACCAUAGGUAUCACGGAUUCUCCUCAUGUCACCUCUGACGAGCUCGCUCAACGUCACUUUGACACUCAUGUCAGGUAUGAGGGCCAGCGAUAUGAGAUCGCGUGGCCGUGGAAAGCAGAGCCUCCUGAAGUGUCUGACAACUUUGGUCUCGCCUUAGGUCGGUUAACGUCUCUGGCCAAGCGACUGGCUUCCGACAAUGACCUUUUGGCACAGUACAACAAGAUCAUCCAGUCUCAAGUCACAGCUGGUAUCAUUGAGCUUGUUCCGAAAUCCUCUCUCCGUACGGCAAAUGCCACACACUAUUUGCCUCAUCAGCCCGUCAUCACACCGUCGAAGGCCACAACGAAGUUGCGUAUCGUCUAUGAUGCCUCUGCAAAAUCCUCGAAACGGUCCAAGAGCCUCAACGAGUGUAUGCAUCGCGGUCCAAUCAAUCUACCCAGCCUAUGUGGCAUGCUGCUUCGUUUCCGCUGCCACCCUAUUGUCCUAUUGGCUGACAUUGAGAAGGCCUUUCUGCAGCUAAGCAUCACGCAGUCUGAUCGAGAUGUCACACGGUUCCUUUGGUUUCAGGAUCCUUCAAACCCGGCUCCUACCAAGGACAACCUGAGCGUUUAUCGGUUUCGACGUAUGCCGUUUGGAGUGAUUUCGAGCCCGUUCCUGCUCGAAGCUACCGUACGCCAUCAUCUCAGCACGCAAGGCACGCCGCUCGCCACAGCUAUUUCCGACAACAUUUAUGUCGACAAUAUCAUCCUCGGCAUGGAUCUGGAGAGCGCCGCUAUCGCUGCCUACACUGCCGCCAAGGACAUCUUCAAGUCAGCCUCAAUGAACUUGCGUGAGUUCACCACCAACAGUGAUGCUGUUCGUUCUGCUAUACCGGAGCAAGACCGUGUAACGUCUCGCUACGUGAAAGUACUUGGUCUCAAGUGGGACACGGAAAAUGACACCGUUUCCAUACCCGGCUGUACCAAACUCACCAAGACGGAGUGCAGCAUCACUAAACGCGCAGUCCUUCACGCCGUCUCAGCAGUGUACGACCCCUUGGGUCUCGUGACGCCCGUCCUCCUUCCAGCUCGGAUAUUCUUGCAACGGCUGUGGGGUCUGUCGGUCACGUGGGAUGAUGCGCUACCUCCCGAUGUUCAAGAAGAGUGGCUUGGUCUAGUGCAACAGAUGGAUGGGUUAUCCGACAUGGCUAUUCCAAGGUAUCACCGGUACCAUGAUGGCGACAUGCAGCUACAUAUCUUCACGGAUGCGUCUCAACAUGCGUACGCUGCAGCAGCUUACCUCCGCAUUCAGCGCAACUCCAACGUCCAUACUGUACUGGUGUACAGUAAGAUGCGUCUGUCACCAUCUUCCUUCAACAAAGGCAAGUGUGCCAAGGACAAGUCACUCACCAUCCCACGUCUGGAGCUCCUUGGUGUCCUCAUCGGUGCUCGCAUGGCUGCAUUCAUCCGUCAACAUCUGCAGCUCUCGCUCAGCUCACAAGUUCUAUGGUGUGACUCGAAGUGUGUCUUGCACUGGCUCCAGUCAACAAAGGACUUGUCAACCUUUGUCGACAAUCGCAUCCAGGAAAUCCGGCAGAUUCCCAACCUCGACUAUCGAUAUGUGCCAUCAAGCUUCAACCCAGCUGAUGUUGCAACACGCGGCCAGAGUACUGCAGAUCUCUCCAGCAACACACUCUGGUGGCAGGGUCCUGCUUGGCUUCGACUUGACGUGGCGGAGUGGCCAGGAGAUCAGCACUUGCUAGUCACACCUGACAUCCUACAGCAGGUUGCAGCUGAAGAGCGUGGUUCAAAAGUCGUUCAUGCUGCCACUCUCCUCAACACCAACAGCUUGGAUGUCACUACAUCAGAUCUGGUCGCAUGGUCAACAUGCCUUGUUCAGCUACUUGACCGGUCAUCUUCUUUGGAGCGUCUGAUUCGUGUUAUCUUCUACUGCUGCCGAUUUCUUCACCAGUAUCUAUGGUCCCGCUUAUCCUCUGGCUAUCGUUCCACUAUUCACACCAGCCAUCCCCUCUUGUUUGCGUUGAUGCAAGCAAUUGCCUCCUCCGCACACCUCAACGCUGGUAUUCGUCGUCUCAUCCUCACUCUGGUCACUCGUGUAUCACAAUACCAGUGCUUUGGUGACGUCUUCAACAGCUUUGUUACCAAUCGCAAAUGUGUCAUCCGCAGUCAGCUUGGCAUUACGGUUGAUCAAUUCGGCGUCUUGCGCUGUCACGGACGCACUCCUAAGGCUGACUAUACUGUCUCUCCCUUUGCUCAGCCCCUGCUGCCGAAUACUCAUCGCCUGACGCAGCUCAUCAUAACGGACCUCCACUGUCGACUGCUCCACGCUGGAGUAUCCCACACGUUGGCUCAACUCCGUCUGAAUUUCUGGGUGCCCCAGGGCCGCCGUGCGGUUAGUUCUAUCAUUCGACGUUGUACCACGUGCCGAAAGCACGAGGGACCUCCGUACAAGCUGCCAGUUCCGCCGCCACUGCCAAAGGAACGCGUGACACCAGCAGCCCGACCGUUCGAGUACGUGGGUCUUGACUAUUUCGGGCCCAUCCUCGUCAAGCAGUCUGAAGGUAAAACAGCUGUGAAGGUCUGGGUCUGCCUCCUGACAUGUUUGUCGGUACGUGCUGUGCACCUGGAAUGGGUGAGCAACAUGUCCACCAUUCAGUUCAUCAGCUGUUUUCGACGAUUUAUUGCGCGACGUGGUGUCCCCAGACUUCUCUACUCUGACAAUGCUUCACAGUUUAAGUCUGCAAGCACCGCACUCGAUGAAUUCUGGCAAUCAGCUGCAGAGGAUACCGACGUUUUCAACUUCCUCAACAGUCACGGUAUAUGCUGGAAGUUCGCCACUGCCUUCGCGCCAUGGCAAGGUGGUGUGUAUGAAAGGAUGGUUGGGCUGGUAAAGCGUUGUCUGCGAAAGGCAUUAGGACGCCAGCGCAUUUACCUCGAUCAACUUGUGACACUCCUGGCUGAAGCCGAAGCUGCCGUGAACAGCAGACCACUGACCUCAGUCACAGCUGACUACGAGGGCAAGGUCAAUGUUUUGACCCCAGCUCAUUUCUUAGUCGGUGAGUGCCCCACUGCGAUACCUCUAUCAACAUCCCUGGAUGAACCUGAUUUCGUCCCAGACUCUGCCAAUCCCUCCACCCGUCUUCUUCAAGAAUGGGGACGACAGCAACGUCAAAGCGAAGUGUUCUGGCAGAUGUGGAAGAAGGAAUAUCUGCAAGUCCUUCAAGAGAGAAUAUCCUGUGCAGACAAACGAGCGUCUGCAAGCCAUCAACAGACAGCGUCACAUCCCCAGUUGGGUGAGGUAGUGCUCGUCGAAGAGGAAUCUACCCCACGUUGUCUAUGGAAGCUGGGUCGUAUCGCGGAGAUCAUCUGUAGUCCCACGGAUGGACAGAUUCGAACAGCCCAAGUCAUCAUGUCAACCGGCAACACCGUCAAGCGCCCAUUGUCCCGUCUAUAUUCCCUGGAGUGUAGGCACGUUAUUCCAGUUGAUGCUUCCACUCCAGGUCAGCAGCCUGUGUCUUCUGAUGUUACUGAUCCGGCUCCAGUGGAUGAUGCCCCUCCGCUACCUGUUGUGACUUCAAAGCGUCCUCCUCGAGCGUCGGCCGACGCAGCACGUGAGAAGAUCGCCAAGUGGGUAACAUCAAGCUAUGUGUGCCUUACAUCAUGA